AAUAAGUUAAAGCAAUAUAAUUUAGUAAACUUCAUCAAAAUUUAAAUCUGCAUCAUCUACACUCUGAUCACUUUCAUGAUCUUCGUCAUCACAGGCUUGGUUGUCAUUUCUGUCAAAGGAAAAAAACAUCCUGAAACGAACAACGAAAUGCACGUCUGAAAAUUUUAGUUUUCGCGUAAAGAGAAAUAAGCUCCGUGAAUUAAUUUGGCCGAUUAAACUAAAACCGCGAGCUGUUAAGUGUCAGAGUCCUGGCUUCCCUUGAUACGCCGCACAUGACGUACCCAGGCCAUGAUUUUUCCUGACACGCCGCAACGGACGUAUCAGGAUCGGAACAUGGCACUCUCCGACACGUCACGUUUCUUGACACGUCACGUUCUGAUCUCGGACACGCCAAGUGUCGAGGCAUUCACGGCCACACAAAUCCCACGUAAUUACUCAUUUCACGCAGCUUAUUGAUAUCUCUGCGUAAUGCGUAAAGGAGCGUACAGAUACGUUAUGGAUACCUUUACGCAAUGCAUAAAGAAGCGUUAAGCUGCGUUGUUGAUAUAUUUACAGGAUGCUUAAGAUACGUUAAUGAUACCUGUACGAAAUCUGCAAAGUAGCGAAAAGACGCGCUAAUAAUACUAUAGCUGUUUAUCUGACUUGAGGCUUCCUUUACAGGUAAGUUCUUCCGUAAGAAGCACUCAUUACCACAGGGUAUAUUUUUCAAGUCAGCUCUGUUUUCAGCAACCGGAGCCUUCAUUUCCUUCAUUUCUGAUGCAAAAGAACAAUCAAGUUGAAUUUACUUUGCCAACUCGUGUAAUGUUCCCUUACACUAGGUAUAAGGAAAUCUCCACAAGACAGUAUACAUUAGUAUAAGGAUACAUACGUAUACUGAUCAUUAUACAGACCUUAUACAUAUAAUUCAGUAUACAUCAUUAUAACUCUCCGUACACAUUAUGUAUACGGGCUCAUUAUACCUCCUUAUACAUGCCAUUUCAUGCAGUGUUGAUUUUAUUUUCUAUUGCGUGACAAUGCACACACUCUGUAGCUUUGGUUGUCUAAUUAAAUUUAACGUCACUGUUUAUUCUUAUUUCUGUCGGGAACGUUUAAACAUACUUGUGUAAAUUGUCCACUCAAGUAUCCUCUUUGAGCAUUUUAUUAAAAUACAAAUACUUUCAACAAUCAAAAUAAAGAAAUCUGCUGAACUUUUUGUCUUCCCUUUGUUGGAUUCAUUUCCGGCGGUAUCUGGUUCUACAACACGGACAAAAAAAAAUUAAUAAGAUCUUUAAACUAUUGCGGUUAUCCUUAAACCAUUACCACAUUUUCAGGUUUGUAAAUUUCAAUGGCAAAAAUUCAUUCAUUCCGCCGCUGUCUACGCAAUGUUACAGAGCAAUCGAAUAAAGUAAGCACACGAAUGACAAGAAUGUAAAGAAUAAAGCCUGUCCACUUGAUUGCCGGAUUUGGAUAACACUUAAGGUCACAACAAUUCCACGAAAGGUACGUAUGACGCUUGUUCUAAUUCUAUAACGAGAAAUAAAAUAGCGAACUUCAGGAAUAGCGAACUUCACCAACUGAUAUCCUUUAAAACGCAACUCUCGCCAACAGGCAAAUGUAAAAACACUAAGGUGAGAUCCUGGAGGGAAGGAUAUCUUGAGUAAAUUCCUUUAACUUCGAGCAGGACAAAAGAACAUAGUACGAUCUAGCAUAUAAAGUUGACAUGUACCUAUUUGUUUACUUGUACAUUAUAAAUCAACAUGUCACGAUAUAACGUAACGAGCUCAAAUCUUAUGUUACAGCUUUACGAAUCUCGCACGAUUUGGAGACAGUACCGUUUUGCCCACAGGGUGAUGUAGUGACAGCAGAACCCAAAGAAAGCUACCAGCAGGGUAUAAAGACGCAGCCCAGACGUCGCUCAAAAUUAAAGGUUGGUAAUGAAAAUUCUUAGCGAAGGGAAAAGCGAAGGGCAUAGGAAAAAUAACACUGGUGAUAGCAGAAAGGCUAAAAUGUGCAUAUGUGCGUCUGUGUGUUGAUCCUUGAACGUAAGCACUACAUGGCUGAAUUGUUUGGGUUAUCUUCAUUUUCUCGCAUUUUAGAAACCAAACCAUCAAUAUCUCCUGACUGUGAACGUGUCAAGUCAUUAAAUAUAGUGAGCAGUAGUUUAUUUAAAGUGGUACGCACAGAGGUAUAUUAACUCACAUAUGUUUUCUGUUAUUCCUUUAUGUAGUCAAAGUCACUGAAAACGUCACUGAAAACGUCACUUAAAAAACUAAUUUGAAAUUUGUUAACAGGUGAAGAAAAGGAAAUUAGCUGAAAGUAUCACUAAUGAAAUGAAAGAACACGAAGCGAACCAAGUAUCCAAAAUAUUAUGCACACCCACAGAAGGUACAGACGACACUGCGGUAAUUAAUCUAGUAGUUGAAGACACGGAAGAAAAAGAGUUGGUGGAGUAUCGCUUUAAGGUGACCCCCAAGAUGGUGGAAGAGAGGGUGAAGGCCAUGAAAGAUUAUCUUGUGGAGAUAGCAGGCGUCCCACCAUCAGAAGAUACGCCCCUUCCUCACUUGGAACGCCACCAAGCAUGGUUGUUGCUUGGAGGAUACCAGAAGCAUUACAAGAAUCUGCCGGGAAACCUACGAUUUGGGCGCCAACACAUGUUCUUAUUACAUCUUCCCAGAUGUAAUGCUUCAUUUGGAAAACCUUUUCAAGGCAAAACCAAAACCUAGGAAAGGCUUUGUCCCAAUCAUGGCAUGCAUGGAUACUUUUUUGAAGUACGACUUGCCGGAUUGUAUCCCGGACCAAUGCUAUUAUGUGAGUACCGUUCUCGUUUUUGAGACAGUGACGAAAAUCAUUACGGACUUGGAAAGAUGCUCGUACGAGAUGGCGACAGGGAUCGGUCUGGGGAUAAAUGUGCCAACCAAGACACCCUAUGGCAUUCGAUGGGAUACUUCCAUUGAAGAAAAGAAGCAGAGAAGGGAGCUUGCCAGGUCACAAAGAAGAAACAAUCGUAAACAGCUGACACCCAAGAGACUGUUGCGUUCGAAAGGAAAAACCCAAGAUUGAUUUCCCUAUUUAACGAUGUUUAGUUGCAUCUAACGCGCGCUCCAUGGUUGUAACCAGAACUUACUCUGACCUGAUGUUCUCUUUCCAUUGAUUUUCAUUUGAUUCUUAAUGACAUUAAAAAACUUCAAUAAUACACCGCUGGCAAAUAAAAGUUAUGAGUAUCUUAUAGAAAGCCCGUUGAGAUGGGUGUAGAAGCCGUUGAGAUGGACUAAUAAGACGCAAUUUCACCAAGCGUCCUCACAUUGGUGGCGGCGAAGAAAAUAGGAAGCUCGGCGAAUACAUUCGUGACAAGUGGAUCAGUUAUAAGUUUGAUCACGUGGAAAUGGUUAGGUAUGACGUCCUGUUAUCCAUGCCACCAAGGGAUAAACCAAACGUCGUCAAGAUCCUUAACACAACAGACGGAAGCGUUCUCUGGAACGUAGAGGGCCCGGAAAAGAUUGCAGAACCAAGUGAGAAUGAUUCUCUUGUUUUGCCGCCAUUCCUCGGCUACUCCCCGCCAGGAGUGGUGCAAGCCGCUGACCUGUUGUACGCAAACUACGGUACCGUGGACGACUUUAAAGAAUUGGAGAAGAGAAACUUGAACUGCACUGGGAAUAUUGUGAUCAUGCGAUAUGGAAAAAUAUUUCGAGGAAAUAAGGUUCAAAAUGCAGAAAAACGUGGCGCUGCUGGCGCCCUCCUGUACUCUGAUCCAGCGGACUACUCCCCAGAAGGCAUGAACAACACGUUCCCAAAGACAUGGUGGCUCCCAGGUACUGGUACUCAGAGAGGAAACAUUUGGUUUUCAGAUGGCGAUCCUUUGACCCCACUCCUUCCCUCCAUAGAUGGAGUAUACAGAAUAACCAGAAAUGACACUGACGUCUUGCCGAACAUUCCCGCGCAGGUCAUGACUUAUGAUGACGCAGUCGAAUUUUUGAAACGUCUCAAAGGUGAUCAAGUUCCUCCAGAAUGGGCGGGUGGCCUGAACAUAGUGUACAGGUUCGGACCAGGCUUCAUAGAUUCAGAGUUAAAAGUCAGACUUGAAGUCAACAACCAGUUCGUUACAAAACCUAUAUUUAACGUGAUUGGAACGAUUUUAGGAAAAGAGGAACCCGACCGCUUGGUGCUCAUGGGUAACCACAGAGACGCGUGGGUCUUUGGCGGAGUGGACCCAUCAAGCGGAACAGCGGUUAUGAUGGAAGCGUCCCGUGGUAUCGGAGAACUGCUGACCAACACUGACUGGCGACCCAGGAGGACAAUCGUAUUUUGUAGUUGGGGCGCCGAGGAGUCUGGUCUUAUUGGCUCUUACGAAUGGGUGGAAGAAAAUAGAAACAUGCUCAGGGACCGUGCGGUGAUGUAUUUGAAUGUUGAUUCUGCCGUGAAAGGGAACUACAGUUUUGGGGCCAAUGGGAAUCCUGGCUUGAAGUCGCUUGUUUUUCAGGAAUCCGCGUUCGUAAAGGAUCCCAAUGCGCAUGACAAAGAGGCAAGUCUGUAUGACCACUGGUCAAUAAAAACUCCAUCUUCCACAGAACCUGGGAAGCCUCACUUCGGCACUCUGGGUGCGGGAUCCGAUUAUGUGCCAUUCAGUCAUUUUAUCGGAGUACCAAGCAUUGACAUGAGUUACAGAUUUAAGAGCAUGAACAGAACCCUUUAUCCUGUUUAUCAUACAGUACAUGAUACAUUUUACUGGCAGAAGACCUUCAACGAUCCACAUUUUACCAUUCACUUGUCAAUGUCUCAAAUCGGAGCCAGGAUUGUUCUUGAGGCUGCUGACACUCCCAUCCUGCCUUACAAUCUGUUGGAUUACAAAGAAGCCCUGGAACGUAACUUUGAAGCGCUGAAGAGCUUCUCAAAGUCACUACUUCUGCAAGGGAAUGUGACCCUGGACCACUUGGCCAAUCAAAUAAAACAAUUUUCAAGGAAUGCAGACGCGUUCGAAAAGAGGAAGGCCGAGGCCCGCGAUACCCAGGACUUUGCCAAACUACGCAUCCUCAAUGAUCAGAUGAUGAACAUGGAGCGCGCCUUCAUUUGGCCGCUUGGACUACCGGGGAGGCAACUUCUUCGUCACGUGCUGUUUGCACCUCAGAUGCACAAUAACUAUGGCAGUUCAAGCUUCCCCGGAAUCACUGACGCAUUGUUUGAUAUUGAGAAGACCAACGACUGGAAACUGGUCAAGGAGCAAGUGUCCAUCGCUUUAACAUGCGUGCGAGAGGCUGGCAAGAUUUUGGCGUUAAUGGACUAGUAGAGUAUCGUAUCACACAGGAAUUACAGGUUUUGUAUAGAGAUUAAAACUGAUCUAGUGGUACAAUCCACCGAAAGAAAAAAACGACUAUAAUACCUUGCGAACCUAACACAGCCUAUAAGACACAAAGAAAGCCAAUUUUUUACAAUAUUUGUCCUUGUACUAAGUACAUUGUGUAGCUUAGGUUUGAAGAUUCUAUAAUUCUUGAGUACGUUUUUAUGAACGUUGUUAAGGUUUUCGUAACUAUGGGUAAAUUUACCAGUCGCCAUCUUUUUUCUUACGAGAGAUUGAGUUACCUAGCUAACUAGCUUUUGGUUUGUACUGUAGCACAACCAAGUUGUUUCAAGUGACAUUUCACUGAAAGUCAUUUAGUGCGCCCAUCUAGUGUUAUAAAUGUUCCAGCUUCUGUUUCCUGUGGAUGCCUGUCAAGUAUUCUCAAACUCUUUCAUUUUCCCUUAAAUAAACGGCCAUUGCCCUUUUUUUCAGACGGCAUAAAUGAUUUAGCUUACUAAAAUUUUAAAUAUAGAAGCACUACAACACUUAGUGAAGAAAGGAUGCCUGUCGAUAAACGAGGUGUCUUAAGUUAUCUGGUUACAAGGUACCAUCAAGUUAAUUUACGAAACUCACCAUAGGCGUGUUCCAAAACUUUGCAAAAUAGGACUUUAACGCUAGUUAAACGACGCGUUGAUGUCCUUGAUGUAUCUUUACAAGACAACCUUCGAUUUCGAUUCCGUAUGUGAGAGGACGACGAUUAAUAAAUGCACGUUUAUGACUUCAGAAAA